AUCCAGGAUACACACAUCAAAAUAUUCAACUACUGGCUUAGGAGGAUAAUGCAUAUCUGAAAAUCAUGCAUUGUUUUGAUAAAGUUAUCGAUCUGCGUCUUUUUGGAUCAAGCAAAUCACCAAGACUUUUAUGUGUCGACUUCAAAAAAACGUUCUCUAUCGUGCACACAGAUCCGAAAGCUAGCAAGGAUCCGCAAUAUUUUGUAAGAAAAAACAUUCUAGUUGAAUCAGAUCGGUACCAGUUAGGUGUUCAUAGCAUUUCAAGAGUCGGUUUUGUGGGUUUGUCCAGGCCACUGUACCUUACCCUUUCCGAUGUCAAGUGGAUUGUGUUCCUUCAGAAAUCUGUUUCUGAUGACAACAAAAUGUUGCUUUCACAAGCUGUUGAUAUCUUCCAUAAAUGCUUCAAACAUAUUGCUGAUUCCAUUACCGAAAGUGAUUUUAUUCAUGGUUCGUUGUGCAAUGCUAACAAUAGAGUGAAUGUUGCCCAGCUUCCAACAGUUGCUAUUAGUGAAACCAUCCGACGGAUGUAAUAGAAUUGAAGGGCACUGUCAAUGUUUCUUCAACUGUUUUGAGAAGCUUCUUCCAUAUUGAAGGUUAAGAAGAUGUUCGUUCCUGUUGCUGAGGAUGUUAAAUCCAUGUAG